AAACCGUUGAUGCUUUGCAGGGCGCCUUUUGCGGCGGCUUCCCAGCCAAAGACAGCAGCCUUUUGCUGCCCCGCAAUUGGCUGCCACGGGCUUCCCCCCCACCGUUCAAGAGCCUUUUUGGUGGUGCGGGCGGACAAGCUCGGCAGACUGACUCAAAAUUUACGCCGCAGAAAAAAAACCCAUUCGCAAGGAAACGCUGCAAUUGCGUGAAAAAACCUUGAUUCGCAAGGUGCUGCAUCAACACGCACGACCAUCGAGUCGCAACUCUGCUUCCUUUCUUUCUAUUAGGCCUGUCAAUACAGCUGCUCCUCUGCCCUCUGCAGCUGCCGCCGCCCAUCUACGCAAGCGUCCAUCCCACUAUCCCUCGAGAUAGCCCGACAGCAAAACCACCUCUUUGGAUAUUGCAUCCCUAGAUCGGCACAGACACCCCUCACGCGACCUCUCUUCCAUCUCCAAUCAGAACAACAUCAUCAAGGCUAUACAUCGCCUUCAUCUCUACUGAUGGUUCGCAACAUCGUCCUUCUCGGAGGCAACUCCCACCCGCAGUUGACUGACAACAUCGCCAACAUUCUCUGCAUCCCUCAAUGCCAACGAAUUCUUACCAAGUUCUCCAGCGGUGAAAGCCGUUGCGAGAUUGCGGAUUCCGUGCGUGGCAAGGAUGUCUACAUUAUCCAGUCCGGCUCGGGCAACGUCAAUGAUAACCUUAUCGAUCUCUGCAUCAUGAUCUCGGCUUGCAAAACCGGCUCUGCAAAGCGUGUCACCGCCGUCAUCCCGCUUUUCCCCUACUCUCGACAGCCCGACUGGCCAUACAACAAGACGGGCGCUCCCCUCUCAAAACCUUCAGAGGCGGCUGGCAAGCACGACUAUACUUUUGAGAGCGUCCCUCCCACGCCUCGCCCCGGCGGCCCUCGCAGCAACGGCCUAGCCAACGGCGUCGACAGCCUCGCUGAGAAGCUCGCCAAAAAUGCCAUCUCUGGCAAUAAGCAUGUUGAGGGCAACGGCGAUUACUUCUCGCCCACCAAGAGAUCCGAUACCAUGGCAAGCGUCACAUCGCAUGCCCGCGGCCACACCUCGGAAGGCUCUGCCGCUUCGGUCCGCAGCUUCACCACCCACGACUACGAGAAGCCAGCCAACGCACGAGCUUUCCAGCCCAAGCCGGGAUACAAGCAGUGGAUUGCGCAAGCCGGUACCCUGGUUGCCGAUUUGCUGACCUGCGCUGGCGCCGACCACAUCAUCACCAUGGACCUGCACGACCCCCAGUACCAGGGCUUCUUCGACAUCCCCGUCGACAACCUCUACGGAAAACCCCUGCUGCAAAACUACAUCCAGCAGGCUAUCCCUGGCUACAGAGAAGCUGUUGUUGUGUCCCCCGACGCCGGUGGUGCCAAGCGUGCCACUGCCAUUGCCGAUAGUCUUAACAUGGACUUUGCCCUUAUCCACAAGGAACGCCGCCCCAUCAAGUUCACCGAGCAAAAGAAUGCCAGCAUGAUGCUUGUCGGCGACGUUGCCAACCGCAUCUGCAUCCUCGUCGACGAUCUUGCCGACACCGCCAACACCAUCACCCGCGCCGCCAAGCUGCUCAAGAAGGAGGGCGCCACCAAGGUCUACGCACUGCUGACCCACGGCGUAUUUAGCGGUGAUGCCAUUGCGCGAAUCAACGCCUCGGCCAUCGACAAGAUGCUUGUCACCAACUCGGUCCCCCAGGACGAGCACUGCCGCCAGUGCCCUAAGCUCGAGGUCAUUGACAUCUCCGCCGUCUUUGGCGAAGCUAUCCGCCGCGUCCACCACGGUGAAUCCAUCAGCGUGCUCUUCCAGCACAACUAGGGGCUUGUAUAAGUCUUGGUAUCAUUUUAUUGGAGUUUUCCCUGGCACAACUACUGCUUUUCCCAAUGUCAGGGUUGGUUUGUCUUUCUUGUUCCUUUUUCCUUUUUUUGCCUUACGCAAAUGGUUUGAUCAUUUGCCAAAUGAAGCGGUGCCCAUUGCACGCUUGAAUAUAAAACACAAAGAAAAAAACAAAACAUGGGGCUGAAUGGAAUAGCCUUCGUUUUUUCUUGUUUUUGGGGGGGUUGUCAAUCCAGCUGUUGUCCACAUCGUGGCCACAGCCAGCUAGCGAGUCUUGAAAAAGAAUGUGUGUAUGAAUGCAGUCCAUACGCUUCUUCUGGCCGCCUGGGGAUGUGACGCUGUUAAAUUAUUAUAUGAAGCUAGAAUUCUCAUACUAUAGAAUUGUAAACACUGCAUUUUGGGACAAGUCGCCCCGCGCAAUGUUUUCGGCCCUCGCGAUAUCCGAUAGACUUUGUACCGACAUGCCUCACGGCUGUUUGUCAUUAUGAAUGAAUGAAAUGAGAACAAAAAACAUGUUAUAAAUUAUUGGAAUUGUUUUGUUAUACGUUGUGCCUGUGUAACGGUAUAGGUGCUUGAGCUAAUACUAUAGUGUCUGCAAGCCAGGCACUUCCCUGUGUAACUUGGUCUUUCUCGUUUGUCUUUGUUGAUGCUGACCGGACAAUUCACCAGGAUAGAUUACACGUCACAAUCACGGGCCAUGAACAGUUUGUAAGAAAAUAAAAAAAGUCUCAUUAACAUGAAAUGCUGAUAUCAAAUGGCUGGUAGUUUGCGUACACAGUCCAUGUAAAGUGCUCCCGACCUAUAAAUAUCCUCAUCGAGGUCAAAUGCAUCUAAUGCCGGAAGCAGAAAUGUAGUCAAGUGCGGGUUUUCAGGAAAGUGCAAGGGAAAACAAACAAUCAUAAACAAGGGGGAUAGGGUACACAAAACAACAAAAAGACAAAAGACACCAUAAACCAAUUAAUCUUCCCAAUCAUUUCCCAUUUGCAUACCAUGCCAACGUACCUGACGUGACAGGCCGUCAUAGUGCAGGUUCAGUCAAAUACUUAACCGCUGCACAUGACGCAGGACUCGGGGUUCUCGAUGCUGCAGGCAAGAACAGCUUCCGAGUAGAUAUCUCUCUCGCGCUCCUCGUUGUCAGAGUCCUUGUCCUCAGACUGCUUAGUAGCGAGCUCCUCGCCACCUUCAACCUUCUCGGAAGGGUCCGAGGCAAGGACCUUGGGGCUGUCACCCUCAUCAGCAUCGGCCUUCAUGGCUGCGGCCUUGAUGGGAACACCGAGAGGACGAGACUUGAGACCUUCAGUCAGCGCUGGGGGUGGAGUGGCGCUGGGGGUAGGGAUGCCGUUGGAACUAACCAAGUUUCCGCUCUCCUUGAGGUGGGCGGUCCUGGGAACAGCGGAAGGAGACGACAUGUAGUUGCUACCGGCAGGAGGGGCGCGCUUCUUGGGGAGAAGACGCUCCUUGCCAGUGUUGGUGUCGGCAACCUUGAGAGCCUCCUGGUCGACGGUGAACUGAAUGGGAGCGGCAGCAGCCUGGGUACGGAGGUAGUACAUGCCGGUCUUGAGACCGAGCUUCCAACCGGCGAAGUGCAUGCUGGUGAUCUUGCCCAUGGUGGGCUCACGCAUGUGGAUGUUCAAGGACUGAGACUGGUCGAUGAAGGCACCACGGUCGGCAGACAUCUGGACAACCUGGCGCUGGGAAAUCUCCCAAACAGUCUUGUAAAGGGCCUUGAUGUCGGCAGGGAUGUUGGGGAUGUUCUGAAUAGAUCCGUUCUCAGCAAUGAUACGGUUCUUCAUGGCAUCAGACCACAAGCCCAUGUCGACAAGAUCCUUGAGCAACCAGGGGUUAACAACCUGGAACUCACCAGCCAAGACACGGCGCUGGUAAAUGUUGGAAGUGUAGGGCUCGAAGCACUCAUUGUUGCCAAGAAUCUGCGAGGUAGAUGCAGUAGGCAUGGGAGCAAGCAACAAAGAGUUGCGGAUACCGUGCUCCUUGACCUGCUCCUUGAGGCUAUCCCACUCCCAGAGGUCGCUGGGCUUGACAUUCCACAUGUCGAAUUGGAGGAUACCCUCAGAGGCGGGAGAGCCCUUGAAAGUAGAGUAGGGACCCUCUUCCUUGGCCAACUGCACAGAGGCAGUGACGGCAGCGUGGUAGAUGGUCUCGAAAAUCUGCUUGUUCAGCUCACGAGCCUCAGGGGACUCGAAGGGGAGACGUAGAGCGAGGAAGGCGUCAGCAAGACCCUGAACACCGACACCAAUGGGACGGUGACGCAUGUUGCUGUUACGAGCCUCCUGAACGGGGUAGUGGUUGACGUCAAUGAUCUUGUUCAAGUUGCGGACAACAACCUGGGUGACUUCAUGGAGCUUCUUGAAGUCAUACUUGCCCUCGUUGUAGUCAACGAAAGCAGGAAGAGCAAGGGAAGCAAGGUUGCAGACAGCGACCUCAUCAGGGGCACAGUACUCGAUAAUCUCAGUGCAGAGGUUGGAGCUGCGGAUGGUACCCAAGUUCUUCUGGUUGCUCUUGCGGUUGCAGUGGUCCUUGUAGAGCAUGAAGGGGUUACCAGUCUCGGUCUGAGCCUCAAGGAUGGCGUACCAAAGCUUCUGAGCCUUGAUGGUCUUGCGGCCACGGCCCUCAGCCUCGUACUUCUCGUACAGGGCCUCGAAUUCCUCACCGUAGCAAUCGGCAAGGCCAGGGCACUCGUUGGGGCACAUGAGGGUCCACUCUCCGUUCUUCUCAACACGCUUCAUGAAAAGAUCGGGAAUCCAGAGAGCAAGGAAGAGAUCACGGGCACGGACUUCUUCCUUACCAUGAUUCUUGCGAAGGUCAAGGAACUCAAAGACAUCUGCGUGCCAGGGCUCAAGGUAGAUGGCGAAGGCACCGGGACGCUUGUUACCACCUUGGUCGACGUAGCGGGCGGUGUUGUUGAAGACACGCAACAUGGGGAUGACACCGUUGGAGGUACCGUUGGUACCAGCGAUGUAAGAGCCUGUGGCACGGAUGCGGUGGGCGUUGAGACCAAUGCCACCAGCCAUCUUGGAGAUCAUGGCACAGGUCUUGAGGGUAUCGUAAAUACCCUCAAUGCUAUCCUCCUUCAUGUCAACCAAGAAGCAGGAAGAAAGCUGGCACUGGGGUGUACCGGCGUUGAAGAGGGUAGGGGAGGCAUGGGUGAAGAACUUGUUAGACAUGAGGUUGUAGGUCUCGAGAACACGCUCGAUGUUGUCACCCCAAAUACCGACAGCGACUCUCAUGAUCAUGUGCUGGGGACGCUCGACGAUCUUGCCGUCAAUCUUGAGCAGGUAUGAGCGCUCAAGAGUCUUGAAGCCGAAGUACUGGUAGUUGAAGUCACGGUCGUAGACAAUGGCAGAGUCAAGCUCCUCUUUGUGCUUCAUAACGCACUCGUAUGUCUCCUUGGAGAUCAUGGGCGAGGCUCUCUUGUUCUUGGGGUUGACAUAGUGGUAGAGGUCACUGACAACAGUAGACCACUGCUUCUUAGUCUGCUUGUGAAGGUUGGAAACAGCAAUUCUGGCAGCGAGGAUGGCGUAGUCAGGGUGGGUGACCGUCAUGUAGGCAGCGGUCUCGGCAGC